GCUGUUACUUGUCCGAUAUUUUAUUUAUUUUGAUACAAACAAACGUGAACAAGAAUAGUAAAGGAUUAGAUAUGACAAUUCAAUAGUUAUUCGAGUUUAAAAUAAGCAGUAAAUAGAUAUGAAAGUGACAGAUAUUGCGGUCUGUGCAGUAUUUGUAUGUCUGGUAUACUGUGAUGUCGGACUGGCCAACUAUAGUCUAGAAUGUCCAGAAAGACCACACUGGAAAAUAAGAGCUGAUAGUGUAUGUAAUGGAACUGCAGAUAAGUACCACUGCUUAUAUGACCCAAAUAACGAGAACAUUACAGAAUUUUGUGAUAGCCCAAAAGAUUAUACUGCAGGUUUUAUGGCUGUUUAUAGAGGUAACAUUGAUGCAGAUUUGUGUCCUGGUUACCGAUAUAUGCCAGUUAACUUCAAGUCAAAUAUAAUUGAAAGCUGUAUAUUUCUGAAAUCCAAAUGCAAUGGUGAAGGACAGCUGGUACAUCACAAUUGGUCGUUGGCAGAGGAUACUGCUUGCACGUGUGACUUUUCGAACGGAUAUGCAUUUAUCCAAAAGCCAAAAAAUAAUUGUUAUUGUGUGCCUUCCCAAGAAGACUGCUCUUGUUACAAGAAACAGUGUGGGGAUAGCAAUUACGUUCUAUCACCAGAUUACAAUUGCAAAAUAUCCAAACUAGUAAAGACACAGUCUUUGGAUUCACAUAAUUUUCAAUGUCACGCUUACCCAGACAGAAUUCAGUUGCAGACAAAUGAUAGAAUGAAAUCGAUAUCGCCUUGUUUGUCAGAUUGUAUUAUGAAAGUUCCAUUCAAGGAUAGAAGUCUUUUAGAAAAAAAAAUUGAUUAUGCGAAAACGAUGGUAGCUAUGGCGCUACCUUUAAGUUUAGUUUGUCUGAUAUUUUAUUUUUUGAAUGGAUAUAAAGAGAAAAAUGAGAAUGAUACCAUGAACGACAUACGUCCAACAGUAGAAGACCGCAAAGAAAUUACUACAGAACUACCGAAAAAGUUCGUUGACGAUAACUUAAAAGCUUAUGAUUACUUUUCAAUCCACUGUGACCACACAAUCUGCCAAUUUUAUGAUGGAAAUGAAUUACAAAGCGGGUUUAACGAGAAACCACGAAUAUUAGACAUGUGUUUUGUUAACCUUCACAAGAAAAUUUACAUCGUCUACAUAGAUGCUGAUAACAAGAGGAUUGUAAUUCGAGAUAUAUCAAAUAACUCUGGACUAAAAGAGAAAAGACUUCCUCUAGAACCUAAUAGGUUGGCUAAAAUAGAUAAUAAUACAAUCGGGGUAAUUUAUAAAAAGAAAUUUGACAUUCUGAUUUUUGAUGUUAACAACAUGAAAGAUAUAAUUACUCAUUCUGUAACACAGGGUGGUAUUAUGGAUUCAAAAAGUGGUAUACAGGGAAUUCUUGCUUUAUCUGAAACUGAAUUUAUUUUGUCAGAUAAAAUUCAUCUUUAUCGUUGUAAGUUGGAAACAGGAAAGACAGAUGCAGUGGUGACUAAGUUUGCACCAUCAGUACAUGAAUUUGAUACAGCCCGUCGACUUACUCAUGUAACCCUUUCUCAGAACAAAUGUCAGGAUGUCAUUUUCAUUGCUGAUGAAAAUGAUAAGAAAUUGACUAGCAUUGGUAGAAAAACGGGACAGUACAUUAAAGAGCAUGAAGGUCAAAAUCGAGGACUCCAAAAUGUUCGUGCAAUAGGAGCUACCGAAAACAGAGUUUAUGCAGCAACAAGUGCUGGCAUCUCGGUAUUUUCUCAUAAUGAAGGUACUUUUACAAAAUUUGAAAAUCAAUGUUACAAUAGUGCGGAUUAUAGAAUGCUUUUGGAUUAUAAGUACCACGUAGAACAUACAAGAAGUUUAUGUAUUCAUUUGGAUAAAGGAUAUAUUUACAUUGGCUUGUCAUGUGUGAUUAAACAAAACGAUGUAAUAGUUAUAUUUAGAUUCAAACCAAAUGAUACUUUCGAAUAGACUUCCACAAAUCCACACGACCACAAUAAUUUGUGCAGUGCUUAUUUUGUAUGUAUUUCAUAUAUACGUUUAUUCAUGCUUUUUGUUUUGCAAUGAGUGUGGUCGGUUUCUCUUACACUUAUAAAUUUUAAGUGGUAUUUUUUUUGGUAUCCUCUGCACCUAUAUUUUUAACAUCUAUUAAUUGAUUUAUUUUUGAGUGUAGUCUAAUAACAAAAAUAAAAUCUCCAAAGAAACCAGGCUCUAAUGCACUUGGAAUACUCCUAUUCAGAAGUAACAUGAUAUGAAUUUGUAUCGUGUACACACCAUUCUAAUGCAAUUAUUUUGUAUCAAUGGUUCUGAUUGGAUGACAAUAAGCGUAAAAUUCUCUAUCUA